AACCAAAUCAGCAUCUAUUUAUUUCAAGGCUAUAAAAGUAUUAAUUUACUCUAAGAAGACUAUUUUGCUGUAAAUUCUACUAAAGACGACUAGACGACCACUUAAUAUUGAUUAUUCGUAGUCAAAGCAAAAGGGCCAGUUUGAUAAAACAUCAUCAUGAAAGCUCUCAUAUUCGACGGCAAGAAGGUUACCCUGACGUAUGGCGAGUUUCCCAUGCCGAAGCUGGUUCAUGACACUGACGUGAUAGUAAAAGUUCAUUACGCCGGUGUCUGCGGGACAGAUCUACACAUAAUACAGGGGGAGUUUCCAGCGUACAAAGAACGUCCGCUACCCUUGGGGCACGAGUUCAGCGGCGUCAUUCACGCUGUCGGUGAAAAAUCAAUAUUCAAAGUCGGCCAGAAAGUUGUUGUAGAUCCAAAUCGUGCUUGCGAUCUGUGCAAUUUCUGUCGCAACGGCAAUUAUCAGUACUGCAAGGUGAAGGGUAUCAAUGAUGCUCUCGGUAUUUGGAGGGACGGCGGCUGGGCUGAGUACGUUUUAAGCCCACAGAAUCAAGUAUAUGCUUUACCUGAUGGGAUCACUAUUGAACAAGCUGCUCUCUGCGAGCCGUUUGCGUGUGUUUCUCACGGCGUGGACCUAGCGCAACCACUUCCCAUAGGGAAGAGCAUACUUGUUGUGGGCGCUGGUAUUAUUGGUAACAUGUGGACGUGCGUGCUGCAUCUCCAAGGUCAUCGAGAUGUAACCGUCUCCGAGAUGAAUAAAUCCAGACUCGAAAUUGUAAAGAAAUUAGAUACCGGCUUCCGACUCGUUACUCCGGAUGUUUUGGAAGCUGAGAAGCGUGUUUACGAUGUGAUAAUUGAUUGCACCGGUGUUGGUAAGGUCAUAGAAAUCAAUUUCAAAUAUAUGAAUAACGGUGGAAAAUAUAUACUAUUUGGCUGCUGCCCUCCGACGCACACCGCCACAUUAAAUCCGUUUGAUAUUUACGAUAAGGAAUUAUCGAUUAUCGGGGUGAAAAUCAACCCGUUCAGUUUCCCGAAGGCGUUGGGCCUGCUCAGGUCUAUGGGAGACAGGUACCUUAAAUAUGAAAAGCUAGGCGUCAAGACUUACCCCCUGUCAGAUUACCAACAGGCUCUAGAUGACCUGAAGACCGGUAAUAUCUCUAAAGCAAUAUUUACAAUUUAAACAGCUUGUAAUAAAUAAAUUUGAUACUAUAUUAA